UGUACCAUAACCGUUAAGUGAUGUGAGACGGCGUUAAAUUGGUGUGAGCUGGUGCACAGAGAAUGUGGUGAUGUGUUUAGGGUUUCUUACGUGGACUGUUUUGUUUAAAAAAAUAGUGCUGAUGUGGCAUAAGUACCCUUUAUUCAUAUUAGGUAUAUCAGAAUUAGGGAUUUGAAAUUGGAAUUGGGGAUUUAAUUUGGUUGUUGCGAGACGAAGCGGAGGACGAACAAGAACUCGAAUCUUGAACAAGACGAAGAGGCCAGCUAAUAGUUGACGCGACUAAGGUUAUAAAAGGAAGUUGUUGAUAUGGAUGAGGAACGUAUUAAGGUGGUGGUCCACCAUUCUGGAAAUUUUGUGAGUGAUGAUAAUGGGAACUUAAGCUUUGAAGGAGAGAGAGCAGAAUGGUCUUGUGAUCCAGACUUGUUUAGCUAUUUUGGCAUAGUAGCGUCAGUCAAAGAAUUAGGUCAUAUGGACAUCAAAGAGUUAUGGUACGGUUUAGGAGGUCAGUCUGUGCACCCAGAUAGGUUAGAAUUAUUAACUGAUGAUAGGGGUGCCAUGCACAUGUUGAACAUUGCUAGGUUAAAUGAUGAAGUUCAUCUGUAUGUGGUUCAUAAUAUGAUGGAACCAAAAAUAGUAGAAAUGAUUGAUUGGGUUGGUGGUCAAGUUGAUGAUGAAGGUGAUGUUGCAAGACAAGUGGAGGAGGUUGAGGUUGAGGUUGUUCGUGAUGGUCAACUUGGAACAGAAAUGGUGGAGGGUGAGGGGGAUGCCCAGGAUGGUGAUGGUCUGGAUCAUACUGCAGUAGGAAGAAAAAUGGUUGAGGGUGAGGAUGAUGCCCAUGAGGGUGAAGGUGAUGGGUAUGAGGGUGAUGGUGAGGAUCAUAGUGAUGUUGGUAAAAAAAUGGUUGAGGGUGAUGGUCAGGAUCAUAGUGAUGGUGGUACAAAAAUGGGUGAGGGUGAGGGUGAUGGUGAGGAUCAUAGUGAUGCCCAUGAGGGUGAAGGUGAUGGGUAUGAGGGUGAAGGUGAGGAUCAUAGUGAUGCCUAUGAGGGUGAUGGUGAGGAUGUUGAGAUCCAUCAUGUAGAGGAAGCUGAGGUACAUGAUGUAGAUGAUUUUGAGCUAGAGGAUUAUGAAGAGGAUGAUGAUGUAGAAGGCAGUGAGGGUGAUGCACAUCAGGCAGAGUCUGAGGACGAAGAUGUAGAUAGAAGUGAAGGCAUUCUAAUUGAUGUCAGCGUGCAUUGUGACAUUGGGUCUUCUAAAGGAAAUGUAGGAGAACAAGCUUCCAGUGCCUUACUUGAGUCUGAACGGUCAACAGAUAAUGAAUUUAUUCAUGAUAUGUGUGGGUUGUCUGACAAUGAGUGGUUAUCAGAGGAGUUGUUUAGUGGAUCAGAUAGUGAGGACAAUCAUGUGAGGACUAAGAUAAGGUUUCCCACUUUUAGUAUGCCUAAAACUUUGGUGGAUUAUAAAUGGGAAGUAGGAACUUAUUUUGCUGAGAAAAAUGAAUUCACAGAUGCCAUAAGGACUUAUGCACUAAGUAAUGGGAGAAGUUUAAAAUUUAUUAAGAAUGACAAGAAAAGGAUUUCUGUCAAGUGCUUGGGUGGAAGAGGAAAUUGUAAAUGGUAUGCGUAUUGUUCCUUUAGGACUGAUGUCAGUGCAUGGCAACUGAGAAAAGUGAUGUCAAUAACCAAUCCUGAGACAUUCCUCCCUAGAAUACUCUUUCAUAUCCAUAUUAUAAGUAUCUCAUCAUAUCUUCACAUUACAUUAGAAUUAUCAUACCAUACUUCAAUACCAACAUACUUCCUCAUCCAUCACAUUUAA